AUGAACAGACUACUAUCGCCGCCAUCGGAGGAAGAUGGCCACCGUCCAUCAUCGCAGCCCACCGAUCAUGUGCCUCUCGAAUCUUCAGUUCGGACAACACCAAUCCACCCAGAAUUGCCCGCAAUCCGUGUGCCUGGGAAUGACGAAAGACCGUCUUGUCACUAUGAUCCCGUGACGUGCGAGCCCAUGAAUAUCGAGGAUCUUCGUACCAAAUUGCAACAACUACGUAAAGAACACCCAUCUAGAACAGCAAUUCUCAAGGCUCAAGAAGACGCUGCCAAGGAAAUCAAGCAGAGGAUGGAGGAGGCAGAUCGGAAGAAAAACGAAAUCCAAAAGGUUUUGGAUAAGAAAAUGAAAGAGUGGGACAUGGAGUACAAAGUACUUUCGAAAUACCAAGCCACAAAAGUGACAAACUUGCCGUCAUGA